CUUCCGAAAAACCCGCGCGCGCGGGAGAGGGAUCGUCACAAACACCGGGCCCGACGCUGCUGCUGCUACCGCCUCAACACCAGUGGUCGCCGUCAGUCGUGUACGCACAGUCCGAAGCGAUCGCCAUGCAACACGGCGGCCGCUGUCGUCGAUACCGUCGUAGUAGUUGUUGUUGCUGUUGUUGUGGUCGUCGUUAUUGUUAUUGUUGGUUAUUACCAAACGUACCGGCCGCCGACCGAGUCGAUAUUAUCGUCGUGCGCGAUUCGCGUGUAGUUGUGCACAGCGGAAAAUCAACGAUGACGGCCCGCCGACUACGACGCCGCCCCGGUUUCACUGCCGCUGAUACGACAACAACAACAACGGCACCAUCGUCGUCGCGCCAAAUAAUCAUAUAAGAUUUAAUGGCAUAAUUUAAUAUAAUAUAUUAUUAUGUUGAAAUAAAUCGUAAAACAAUUAUUAUUACAAUCGUAAUUCGUAAUAAACUAUUAUCGUUCCGAACGUUGUCGCCGUCUGCCUUCAACGUCCCUCCGUCGUCGCCUUCCCGUCGUUUGUCGACGGUUCGAUACACAACGAAAUACAUUAUUCGUCGAUAAUCGAAUAUUUUUUUUUUUUUACUCUAUCGCGCCGCCGUCGCGAUAUAAUUAAUACCAUUUAAUACUAUUAAUAUUUUAUACAGUGCGCCGUCGGUCACAUCGCGUUUUCCUGUCGUCCGUCGCCAUUGAUAAGUGCGCGAGGCGUAACUCGUAAUUGGUAUUUUUACGCGCUCGCCGUACGCGGAACGUACUUAUCACAACGCACGCGAGUUGUUGUUGUUUAUUAUUAUUAUUUUUUAUAAACACAGUGAUCGUAAUAUCAUGGUAAUAUAUUUAUUAUCUAUAAUAAUAAUACACUACACCUACAUGUGUAACACACGGCGCUAAUCGUUCGGCCGCCCGUUAUAUAUUGUUUACAUUGCACCAAAGUAUGAUGGAUACGAAAAAAGAUUUUGAAUUUGAAGAACUUAUCAUAUGUGGCUGUUGCAAGCAGAAAUUCAAUGAAACAGAAUUUGUGCCAAAGGAACUUAGUUGUAAACAUUGUUUUUGUUUGCAAUGUGUUAAGACUACUAUGCUCAAAGGUUUGGAAGUGUAUUGCAUAAAUUGUUGGAAGCGUACUGAAUUAGAUGAGCAAUCUCCAGAGACUCUGCGAACACAAAAGUCUAUUCUCAGUCUUAUUAGACAUCUGGCAAAUGUUAAAGUCAAUAAUGCUGUUGAUAAAGAGCGAAAGGGAGAAAAUUGUCAUACACAUGGAAUGCCAUUUUCAUUUUGGUGUUACAAUUGCCAACAGCUGUUAUGCCGAGCGUGUGGAACUCAAUCUGACCAUAUUGGACAUUCUAUAAAAUCAAAUAAUGAUGCACGUGACCAUCUAAUCAGUGAAGUUCAAGUUGAAACUAUAGCUAUUGCUAAACUGAUGAGUGAAAUUCAAAAUUUAUUUGGCCACAAACGACAAUUUCUCCUGAGGGUUUUAGAUGCCUGUAACACGCUAAAAACUCAAAUUGAACUAGAGUUAAACAGUGGUUGGACUCAAAAUACAAACGAUUUACUGCAGACCAACGAAACUUUGAAUAGUAUCAAACCGUCAAAUUUACGUACAGAUGAUUUAUAUGAUUUACAAUUAUAUUUAAAUCGGCUGGAACAAGUGAAGCAGAAAGUACAAAAUAAAUACUCUGAACAAUUUGCACAUGGCCAAUUAGAAGAUAUUAUAUCUUCUACUAAUUUGUUAGAUUUUGGUAUGAUCAAACAAUCGUUGUCUUCAUUACAGUCUAUGGCUUUAGAAUCGUAUAAGUCUGCAGACUUGGCAAAUCCGAAUACUCAUAUUUUUUUCUUGGCUAACUAUUGUACUGCACAAUUGUUUACAAGAUAUGUACUACCUAAACAUGUCACUCAACUUGUAAAUGGACCAGAGUUUGCAAAAAAUUCUCCUGGAAAUUCGUCUAUCACACAAUACACAACAUCUCUAUCCUCAAUAUCAUCAAAUGAACCAGUACUGAUAACGUCACAAAACAGUCCACCACCAGCUAUUUUGAAUAAUGUACCUUCAAUACGUAAUGUUAACACUUUUCCCAUGUUUUACUUUAAUAUUGAAGUAAACGGGACAUCAUUUGGUCGUUUAGUCAUUGAAACUCGUCCAGAUGUAGCGCCAAAAAUGUCAAAGAAUUUUGAAGUAUUAACUGUUGGUGAUACAGGUGGUUGUUCAUAUAAAGGCUGCUCAAUAUUUCAAUGUUGGGAUGGAGAAUCUGUGAUUACAGGUGAUUUUGAGUUAAACAAUGGUCGUGGUGGAAAAUCUAUUUAUGAUGAAAGUUAUUUCAUGCCAGAUGAUACUAAGUUUCCUGCUGUUCGAGGAGCUGUAGGAAUGCGUCGCACUCAAAAACGUCAUGAUAAUAUGGGUAUGGUUGGAUCACAAUUUCGUAUUAUUCUACAAGAGAUGCGCGGGUUUACAGCAAUUUUUGGACAUGUGGUAGAUGGUAUUGAUCUCGUUGAAAAAAUGGCCUCGUUUGGAGAUCAAACUGGCAAACCGUCCAAGACAUUUGUCAUAUCUAGUUGUGGUAAAGUUUAAAAUAACCCUCUUUUUAAUGUAAAUUUAAACUAAAUAAUCGAUCAAGUAGUUUAUAGAAGCAAGUGAACGUUUAUGUGUAUUUUUGUAAUUCAUUAUCGAAGGUAUCGAUGAAUUUAUUUUGAAAUCCAAACUGUAUUUUAGUUUUAAAUAAUAACGAUAAUUAUAUCCCAUAUAUAUAUUAAAAUGUAUCAAAUAAUAUGGCGUUUUAAAAAUUUAAGCUGCGCACAGUGAUUUAUUUAUGUUAUUAUUUUUCAAGAUGUAUACCAUUGUAUCUUAACUGUAUUUCUUUUCUUACAGACAUGCAUAAGUUAUAUAUUUAAAGUUCAGAAUAAUAUUACAUAUUAUAUAGUGUUUGGGUACACAAACAUUGAUGUUCAUGAUUUUCAACUUCAAUUACAAUGUUUUUACAUUUUACUGUGUAUAGAUCAAUAAAAGUUGAUCUAAUUAUUGUUAAAGUUGAGGUAAAAAAAUAUAUAAGUAUCUACGUUUAUAAUUUGAAUAAAAAAGACAAUUACACAAAUGUAUCAAUACCAAGAAUAAAUUUUUUUGUGAUUUAUUAUAUUUCCAAAGAAAACAGUAUUUUUUAAAUUUUAAUUGCGAAAUAGUUACUUAUUUAAAUUUUUAUUUAAGUAAAAAGGUCUCAUGAAUGAUUUUUUAAUCCAUACCAAGUGUUCAUAUGAUUUUUUGAUUUUACCCAGACAUAAUUUUUUUUAUUCAUUACAAGACAAGUUUGUUUUAUUUUAUUAUACCAAAUAAUUGUAAACAAUAAGUAAAUCGAGUUAUAUAAUAUAAAUGUAUACAUUAU